GCUCCCGGCUUUUUGCAGAUCUGCGGAGGCAGUGGCGAUGCUGUCGGGCACCCAGGCAGCGCCAGCGGAAUUCGAGGACGCGGAGCUGCGGUGCCGCGUGGCUGUGGAGGAGUUGAGCCCGGGCGGGCAGCCGCGAAAGCGCCAGGCCUUACGCACCGCGGAGCUGAGCCUGGGACGGAACGAGCGCCGCGAGUUGCUGCUGCGGCUGCAGGCGCCUGGGCCCGCGGGGCGGCCGCGCUGCUUCCCUCUGCGGGCGGCGCGCCUCUUCACGCGCUUCGCCGCGGCCGGGCGCAGCACGCUGCGGCUCCCCACCCACGGCGUUCCCGGGGCGGGCGCUGUGCAGCUGCUGCUCUCCGACCUGCCCCACCGCCUGCGACGCUUCCUGCGCACGCUGCGCCUCAAGCUGGCCGCAGCCCCGGGGCCUGGGCCGGCCUCCGCCCGCGCGCAGCUGCUUGGCCCGCGGCCCCGCGACUUCGUCACCGUCAGCCCCGUGCAGCCCGAGGAGCUGCGGCGCGCGGUGGCCACCCGGGUCCCGCACGCCACGCCCGUGAAGCGCCCCACGGAACCCCGGGCCGGAGCCGAGCCCAGCGCUGAAGCCCCAAGGUGGCCCUUGCCUGUGAAGAGGCUGAGCCUGCCUCCCACCAAACCACAGCUUUCUGAGGAACAGGCUGCUGUGCUGAGGGUUGUCCUGAAAGGCCAGAGCAUCUUCUUCACUGGGAGUGCAGGGACAGGGAAGUCUUAUCUGCUGAAGCGUAUCCUGGGCUCACUGCCUCCCACAGGUACUGUGGCUACUGCCAGCACUGGGGUGGCAGCCUGCCAUAUCGGGGGUACCACCCUCCAUGCCUUUGCAGGCAUCGGCUCAGGCCAGGCUCCCCUGGCCCAGUGUGUGGCCCUGGCCCAGCGUCCAGCUGUGAGGCAGGGCUGGCUGAACUGCCAGCGGCUAGUCAUCGAUGAGAUCUCCAUGGUGGAGGCAGACCUGUUUGACAAGCUGGAAGCGGUGGCCAGAGCUGUCCGGCAGCAGGACAAGCCAUUUGGAGGGAUCCAGCUCAUCAUCUGUGGGGACUUCCUGCAGCUGCCACCUGUAACCAAGGGCUCCCAGCCCCCGAAGUUCUGCUUUCAGGCCAAGAGCUGGAGAAGGUGUGUCCCAGUCACCCUGGAGCUGACCGAGGUGCGGAGGCAGGCAGACCAGACCUUCAUCUCUCUGCUGCAGGCUGUCAGGCUGGGAAGGUGCUCAGAUGAAGUGACCCGCCAGCUCCAGGCCACAGCCUCCCACAAGGUGGGGCGAGAUGGGAUUGUGGCCACAAGGCUCUGCACUCACCAGGAUGAUGUGGCCCUCACCAAUGAGAGGCGACUGCGGGAACUGCCAGGUGAGGUACACAGCUUUAAGGCCAUGGACAGUGACCCUGAGCAAGCCCGGACCCUGGAUGCCCAGUGUCCAGUUAGCCAGAUCCUUCAACUAAAGCUGGGGGCCCAGGUGAUGUUAGUGAAGAACUUAGCAGUGUCCCGGGGCCUGGUGAAUGGUGCCCGGGGGGUGGUCAUCGGGUUCGAGACCGAGGGGAGAGGGCUGCCCCAGGUGCGCUUCCUGUGCGGAGUCACUGAGGUCAUCCAUGCUGACCGCUGGACUGUGCAGGCUACUGGGGGCCAGCUCCUCAGCCGGCGGCAGCUGCCCCUCCAGCUGGCCUGGGCAAUAUCCAUCCACAAGAGCCAGGGCAUGUCCCUGGACUGCGUGGAGAUCUCUCUGGGCCGUGUGUUUGCCAGUGGCCAGGCCUAUGUGGCCCUUUCCCGGGCCCGCAGCCUGCAGGGCCUGCGUGUGCUGGACUUUGAUCCCAUGGUGGUUCGCUGUGACCCCCGCGUGCUGAGCUUCUAUGCCGCCCUGGAGAGGGGCAGGGGCCUGAGCCUGAAGUCUCCAAACGAUGAUGAGGCAGCUUCAGACCAGGAGAAUGAGUACCCAAACCUUUGAGCCUCAAAGAGAAGACAAAUGGUGGUCUCCCCUUCUUCCUCCUCCCUAGUGGGCCGGGGCCCCUGGAGAUAACUGGGGGAGG